AUGGAAGAUUUAAAAAGAAUUUUCUGGUUAAUAGAAGAAUUAAUUUAUAUUAAUUUUGAAGAUGAAGAUAUUUACAAUAAUAAAGAAAAAGAAAUUGUAAAAAGCUUAUCAAAUAUAUUUAAAGAUCACUUAAAUGAAAAUCACAGUGAAAGCAUAAGUAUUGAAUUAAAUGAUGGGGCGUUUAAAGAAUUACUCUCAGAAAUUACGAAUUUUUUUAAUGUCUUAAAGUUAGUGAAAACCACAAAGCAUAAAAAUUGUAUAACUCAUUUAUGGGUUUAUGAUAUAUUUAAAUUUAUUAUAGAAACUUUUAAGAAAGAUUCAAUAAUUGAUAUUAAUCAAGUAAAAAGAGAAGUUUUCCAAUUUUUUUUCAAGGAAAAAAAUAAACAAAAUUUGAAAUAUAGGGAUAAUUUUUUUUUAAACACUUGCUUUAUUUUUAUUUAUGAGAUAAAAAUUCUUUUAUGUUCCUGCAUUUUUUUAAAUAUUUUUGUUCAGUAUAACUGGACAGGGCCACCAUUAAAUUUUGAUUUUAAAAAAUUAAAAGAACAAAAAAUGCAAAUAGGUGAUUCAGAUAUUUAUUUUAAAGAAUUUAUAGAUACAAUAAAUAUUAAAAAGGAGACAUUUUUAAAUUCAUGUUUGGAAUUUUUGUCACUUGAAGGGGAAUAUACAUAUGAGUAUAGUGAGUUAAUAAGUUCCUUUUGUAUGUGUAUUAUUUUAUUAGGAAUAGUAAAUAAUUUUAACGAAAGAGAUCAAGAUAUUUUUAACUUAAAUGAAUAUAAUCAUUUUAAAAGUAACAUGCAUGAUCUAAGUAACAAUAGAAUAGCUAAUAGUAUAUCUGAAAUAGAGAAAACAAAUAAAGUAGCUAAUGAUAUAGGUACUGAAUAUAUUACUAAUUAUAAAGAUGAAAAACAGGAGGAAAAGAGAGAAAAUAAAUAUGACUAUUUGAAGCUUCAUUAUUUUAUAAAGAGCAAAUAUUUAUGGAAAGCAAGAAUUUAUUUUAUAUGGCAAAGAUUAUUUGUUUCCAGUAAUGAUUAUUUUUAUUUUCUGAAAAUAAAUAUUAUUGACAAACCUAUUAUUAUAUUUAAAAAUAUAAAAUUAUUACCUGAGGACUUUGAAUUAAUUGAGAAAGAAAUAAAUAUAAGAGCAAUAGAUAUCUUUGACCAUUUAAAUGAAAAUAUGAAAGAAAUAGAAUAUUGUGAUUUAUUUUUUGAAAAUUAUAUGUCUGAAAAAUUUAAAAUUUAUGUAUUAUCAAAUUUUUCAAUUUACCUUGCUUUUUAUAAUUAUACCAGUGGAUACCAGAAAAUAACGGAUAUGGUUUCUGAAAUAAGUCAGUUUCAUUAUUCUUUCACAGGUCGAAUGGGUAUAAAAAGAAAAUAUCAAAAAAUACCAGCUACAAUUUUGGUAUUAAAAGUGAAAUUAAAAGAUGAGGAAGAUAAUACAUCUACUAUUUUAAAAGAAAUAGAUCCCUUUAGUGAAUAUGAUAUAUUAAAAAGUGAUUACAAAAUUAUUGAAAAUGAAACAAAUGAGCAUUUAAACAAUUGUGAAAAGGAAAAAAUGAAUGAAUUAAGAUAUGAAGAUCAUAAAAGUUUAAAAAGAGAAGAAAUAAGUAGGACACAUACUAGAGAAGAGGAAGUAGAAAAUAAAGAUAAUAUUAAAAUAGAAAAAUCAAGGGAAGAUGAUUGCUUAAAAGAUAUAUUUGAUGAUAAAGUAAAUGGAAAAAAAUUAGGAGAAGCAGGGAAUGAUAAUAACUUUACAGACGAAAAUGUUUUUGAAAACCAUAAUGGUAAAUUAGAGAAUAUUAACAAUAAUGAUAAAAAAGAAAAUUGUGAUAACGAUAAUAAGAAAAAAAAUGACUGUAAUAUUAAUAAUAAUGAAAUUUCAUUAAAAAAAUUUGUUUCAUUUAAGGAUGAAAAAAUGAUUAAUAUUCCUGAAAAGGAACAUGAAGAAAACAAUAAUAUGACAUUGAAUAAUUUAAGUAGUAAAAAGGAUGAAAAUGCGAAUAAUUCUGGAACAAGUGAUUCAGAAAAAAUGAGUAAUAAUGGAGAAAAAUGCUUAGAAAAAUUCAAUGCAAAAGUUACAUGGAAAUUGAAAGAUUUAGAUCCUGAUACUGACAUAUUAGAAGAACCUUUUUUUAUUGAUUCUCAGAAUAAUUAUUUUAAAAUUUUAUCCUUUCAGGAACAAAUUACUUUAAUUAAUUAUUGUUUUUCUAUGAUUAGAUUUAAUCCUUAUUAUGAUGAAAUAAAAUUUGAAAAAUUAAGUGCAGUAAUAUCAAGAUGUUUAAAAUGCUACGAUGUUAACGCUACAGUAGAAAAAAAAAAGGAAAAUAAUAAUAAUUUAUUACAAAUAAAAUAUCAAAAUUGGUUAUUACAUUCUUGCAUUUUAUGGUUUAAAUGUAAAUAUGAAACAUGCAAAUUUAAAACUGUUGAUAGAGCAGCAGCUCAAUUAAAUGAAUUAUUAAAAGAAUGUUAUGAACCUAAACCUGAAAACAUAGAAAGAUUAAAAUUUAUUUAUGAUGUAUAUUAUCCAACCACUUGGGAAAUGAAAAAAGAAAUAGGUAAUGUUAUGAUUAAAAUUGGUUCUAUGGUAUCAGCUUUUAAUAUUUUUAAAGAUUUAAAAUUAUGGGAAGAGGCCAUUACAUGUUUAAUUGAAGCUGGUAGAAAAGAAGAAGCAAAAGAACUAUUAGAUGAUUUAAUUCAAAAGAAAAGAACUCCUUGUUUAUUGUGUUUAUAUGGGUUAAUAGAUAGAAAUAAUGCUCUUAAUUAUUAUAAAGAUGCAUGGAAUCUAUCAAACUUUAAAUAUUCAAAAGCGGCUAGAUUUAUUGGAAAAUAUUAUUACAAUAAGGAAAUGUAUAAAGAAUGUUGUGAAUAUUUAGAAAAAGCUUUAGAAAUAUCACCAUUGUUUUCAGAUAUUUGGUUUAUACUUGGUUGUUCUUAUAUGAAAAUAGAUAAAUUUGAUGAAGCUAUAAAAUCAUUCACUCGUAUGAUUAGUAUGACAAAUGAAAAUUCUGCUAAAUCAUAUGGAAAUUUGGCUUACUUGUAUAUGAAAAAAGGUGCAUAUAAACCAGCUAAAAUAUGUAUAAAUCAAGCUGUAAAAGUUAAUAAUAAUGAAUGGAAAUUUUGGGAUACAUAUCUAAAAUUAUCCAUUUUACAAAAUGAUAUAGACAGUUUCUGCUUAUCUCUAAGGACGUUAUGCCAACUGAAUCAAGUAAAACAAAUACAACCAUGGGUAUUUGAUUACAUUUCUGAUGUUAUAAUAAAAGAUAAACCUACCUUUAUCCAAAACAAAAAUGGUUUAAGCUAUUUAGAUAAAAUGAUUACAACUAUGGAUAGUUUAUCUGCAUAUAUAACAGAAUAUGAUUCUUUUUGGAAUGCAUAUUCAUUUUUCCUUUUUAUGAAGGGAAAUUUUAUUGAUUCAUUUAAUGCAAAAAUUAAGGAAAUACGAUCUAUAGAGAGUAUAAUACAAAAAUGUAAUGUGAAAAAAAUAAUUGAUGCAUUAGUUUCGAAACAGAUAAAUGCCAUAAAGUUUUUAUAUCAUAUAAUAAAAAUCUAUAAUAUCGGAGAAAAAAAAGGAACAUUUACAUAUCAGUUAAAGAACAUAAUUGAAUCAACUUUAACACAAUACAAAAACAUAAGUCAAGAGAACAUAAAUGAGCUAUCGGAAAUAAAGGAAAUUAUCAAUUGA